AUGGAGCGACUCUCGAGGAAAGUUGGAAAAGUAAGGCUAGCGAUGUGGUCGUAUUUAGAAGACAACUCGUUUAUGAGUUUGUUAUUGGCAACCAUCAAGAAGAUUGGAAGAAAAGAAGAAUUAGGGUACGGAGGUCAUGGGCCAGAAGGAACGAUAUCAACGAGCUUCAAAAUAAAGAAAUCUUUCUUUCCGGUUCGUAAUACCCAAGUUGUUUCACUCGUUGAUAGCAUCCUCUUGAUCACAAUGGCCAAAAGCUCCUUCAAACUAGAGCAUCCUCUGGAGAGGCGACAAGCUGAAGCUGCUCGUAUCAGAGAAAAAUAUCCUGACAGAAUUCCGGUUAUUGUGGAAAAGGCUGAAAGAACUGACAUACCCGACAUUGACAAGAAAAAGUAUCUGGUGCCUGCUGAUCUGACUGUAGGACAGUUUGUUUAUGUGGUCAGAAAGCGUAUUAAGCUCAGUGCUGAAAAGGCCAUUUUUAUCUUUGUCAGGAAUGUUCUGCCACCUACGGCUGCUAUGAUGUCUGCAAUAUAUGAAGAAAACAAAGAUGAGGAUGGGUUUUUGUACAUGACGUACAGUGGGGAGAAUACAUUUGGAUUGCUUUGAAGUUGAUGAUUGAUGUGAUGUGAAUAUGGUGAUUUGGGCGAUAUGAAUAUGUACAUUCUUACUCUAUUAUGCUUUUGCUUGAUUUGGCAAGUUAAUAUGUUUUUACUUUUUAUGUUGGAAGUUGGAAUUAGUUGAUGGUAAUGUGAAUGAAUGGUGUUUGCUUAGUGUUAAUGAAGGAUUCAUUUCUUUUCUAGAGUUGUGUUAUUUCCACUGUGUUUUGGUG